GAUACGACGGCGAGGAACUAAACGGAAGCUAUUGUUAAACUAUUUCUAGUGUAUGUAUUUGCAUUUAUAACCCACUGGGGCUGGCUACCCAUAUCCAGUCGUCAUUCGUUGGCGUUUUUAAUUUUUGAGUAAUAUAAGGUGGAUCAAGCAAAACUGAGUUGUUCUGCAACUCAUCCACGGGAAGACACCUGCCGUCCGUGACCAGGAAAGGGUCGGAAGUGGCUAACAUAUUUAACUCAACUCUGGACGACGACACUCGGGAAUAUGACGACAAAUUAAACUUCUAAUUAGAUGAAAAACACUUUAUGGGACUAUCAACAAUUAUGAGAUAUUGUCAUUUAUAAAACGGCGCAGUUACUUUUCAGGUUUCGUUGAUAGUGUUGGAGAGAGUGCGCUUGUUGUUGGACCAUGUCCGUGAACGAGUUAUAUUCAAAGUACACUCGGGUGUGGAUCCCAGACCCAGAGGAUGUAUGGAGAGCUGCAGAGAUCAUCAAGGACUACAAGGAGGGAGAGCCCAUCCUGCACCUCAAACUUGAAGAUGAAUCGCUGUUGGAAUACCGCAUCGGACUCAAAGACAACCCUCUUCCCUUCCUCCGGAACCCAGAUAUCCUGGUGGGGGAGAAUGACCUCACAGCGCUCAGCUACCUUCACGAGCCUGCUGUCCUGCACAACCUCAAAGUGCGCUUCCUCGAGCCCAACCACAUCUACACAUACUGUGGUAUCGUACUGGUGGCCAUCAACCCCUAUGACCAGCUGCAGAUCUAUGGAGAGGAGGUCAUCAAUGCCUACAGUGGGCAGAACAUGGGGGACAUGGACCCACACAUCUUUGCUGUUGCUGAGGAAGCAUACAAGCAGAUGGCCAGAGAUGAGAGGAACCAAUCCAUCAUAGUAAGUGGGGAGUCGGGGGCAGGGAAGACUGUCUCUGCUAAGUACGCCAUGCGGUUCUUCGCCACUGUGGGAGGGUCGGCCAACGACACCAACGUUGAGGAGAAGGUGCUGGCCUCCAGCCCCAUCAUGGAGGCUAUUGGAAAUGCGAAAACCACUCGCAAUGACAACAGCAGUCGUUUUGGGAAGUACAUCCAGAUUGGUUUUGACAGGCGUUAUCACAUCAUAGGUGCCAACAUGCGCACGUAUCUGCUGGAGAAGUCAAGGGUAGUCUUUCAGGCUGAGGAUGAGAGGAAUUACCACAUCUUCUACCAGCUGUGUGCCUCCACUAGCUUACCGGAGUUCAAAGACCUAGCCUUGACCAGUGCAGAAGAAUUCAUCUUCACAUCGCAAGGAGAGAACAUCUUCAUUGAGGGGGUGAAUGAUGCUGAGGACUUCAAGAAGACGAGAGAAGCCUUUACACUACUGGGUGUUAAGGAGAGCAAUCAAAGCAGCAUCUUCAGAAUCAUAGCUUCCAUCCUGCAUCUGGGAAACGUGGAGAUCUGCUCGGAGAGAGACGGAGACUCCUGCCACAUAUCAAGAAACGACCCUCACUUGACGCACUUCUGCCGGUUGCUGGGGGUAGAGCUGGAGCAGAUGGAACACUGGCUAUGUCACAGGAAGCUGGUCACCACGUCAGAGACCUACGUCAAGAACAUGUCCCGCAAACAGGCGGCUAACGCCCGCGACGCGCUCGCCAAACACAUCUACGCACACAUGUUUGACUGGAUUGUGGAGCACGUCAACAAGUCUCUGCACACCUCCUCCAAACAACACUCCUUCAUCGGUGUUCUGGAUAUCUACGGAUUUGAGACCUUUGAGAUAAACAGCUUCGAGCAGUUCUGCAUCAACUACGCCAAUGAGAAACUGCAGCAGCAGUUCAAUCAACAUGUGUUCAAGCUGGAGCAGGAGGAGUACAUGAAGGAGCAGAUCCCCUGGACACUCAUCGACUUCUAUGACAACCAGCCGUGUAUCGACCUCAUAGAGGCCAAGCUGGGCAUCCUGGACCUGCUGGAUGAGGAAUGCAAGGUGCCAAAAGGGACGGAUCAGAAUUGGUGCCAGAAGCUGUACGAUCGCCUUUCAAGCAGCGUCCAUUUCCAGAAACCCCGGAUGUCCAACAUAUCUUUCAUUAUCAUUCACUUUGCUGAUAAGGUUGAGUACCAGUGUGAUGGCUUCCUGGAGAAGAACAGAGACACCGUCUACGAGGAACACAUCAACAUUCUGAAGGCCAGCAAGUUUCAGCUCGUGGCGGAUCUGUUCCAGGAUAGUAAUAAAGACGGCAGCAGCUCCACGUCUUCUUCCAGCAAGUCCUCCAGGAUCAACGUGCGCUCGGCCAAACCUACACCUAAAGUCCCCAACAAGGAGCACAGGAAAACCGUGGGCCACCAGUUCCGCAGCUCCCUGCAUCUUCUCAUGGAGACCCUGAAUGCCACCACCCCCCACUAUGUGCGUUGCAUCAAGCCUAAUGAUGAGAAGGAGGCAUUCUCGUUUGACUCUAGGAGAGCUGUGCAGCAACUGAGGGCAUGUGGAGUCCUGGAGACCAUCCGCAUCAGUGCUGCUGGGUACCCAUCAAGGUGGACGUACCCAGACUUCUUCAACAGAUACAGAGUCCUCAUGAAGAAGUCCGAUAUGACCGUAGGGGACAAGAAACUGGUGUGUAGGAACCUGCUGGAAACCCUGGUCAAGGACCCAGACAAGUUCCAGUUUGGCAAGACCAAGAUCUUCUUUAGAGCGGGCCAAGUGGCCUACCUGGAGAAGCUGAGGGCAGACAAGUUCCGCUCCGCCUGCAUCAAGAUCCAGAAGACAGUGCGAGGCUGGCUGCAGAGGGUCCGCUAUCAGAAGAUACGCAAGUCUGCCAUCACCUUGCAGAGAUUUGGCCGCGGUUACAUGGCCCGCAGGCUUGCGGAGCAUCUGCGUCUAACCCGCACUGCUGUUAUUUGUCAGAAGCAGUAUCGUAUGGUCCGAGAGCGGAGGGACUAUCUGAGGGUGAGACAGGCUAUUGUCACCAUCCAGGCCUUUACCAGGGGCAUGUUCACCCGCAGGAUCUUCCAGGAGUUCCUUCUGCAUCACAAAGCCAUGAUCAUCCAGAAGCAUGUCCGAGGCUGGCUCACCAGGAGGAAGUUCAGGCGGGCACGGAACGCCGCCAUCACCAUCCAGUGUGCCUACCGCCGCAUGCGUGCCAAGCGUGAGCUGAAACAGCUGAAGAUCGAGGCGAGGUCCGCCCAACAUCUGAAGAAGCUCAACACAGGCAUGGAGAACAAGAUUGUCCAACUGCAGAGGAAAAUGGAUGACCAGACCAAAGAUCUGAAGACUCAGAAUGAGCAGCUGGUGGUGGCCAAAGCCUCCCUGGGCUCAGAGGUGAACAAACUGCAGAAGGAGCUGGAGACAAUGCGCAGUCGCCAGGGAGACGGCAGUCAGCUGACCUCUCUAAGGGAGGAGCUGGAGAAGCUGAGGGCGGAGCUCCAGGAAGCACACGCCCACAGGAAGAAGCUUGAGGAGGAGCACAGCAACGAGAAGAUGGGACUGGAACAGAGAGUGGAGGAGCUAGAGAGGGAGAAUGCCAUGCUGAAGAGUGAAAAGGAGAAGAUGAACCAAAGGAUUCUGCACCACUCCAAGAGUACAGAAGACCAGGAGAGCAGUGCGUCCCAGAGUGUGGGUCGGGUCCAGGCAGAGCUGGAUGAGGAGAGGCAGCGCUACCAGAAUCUUCUUAGGGAGUUCUCCAGACUGGAGCAGAGAUAUGACAACCUACAGGAGGCCAAGUUUCAGCCUGGCCACAGGAGGAACAAUUCUAACCAGAGCAGCCUGGAGUCUGACUCCAAUUAUCCCUCCGUCUCUACCUCGGAGGUGGGAGACACUGACGAUGCCAUCCAGCUCGUAGAGGAGAUGGGAGUGGAGAAGGCAGCGAUGGACAUCGGUGUGUUCAUGAAGCUGCAGAAGCGUGUUAGAGAGCUGGAACAGGAGAGGAAGAGACUGCAAGUCAACCUGGAAAAGAUGGAGGACCAGGCUAAGCGCAAGGGCAUUGAGCCAAAGACAACGUCAGCGCAAGAGAGUGCGGACCUGGCCUACAACAGUCUCAAGAGACAGGAGCUGGAAUCUGAGAACAAGAAGCUGAAGAAUGACCUGAACGAGCUGAGGAAGGCCAUUGCUGACCGCGCCUCCAAGAACAGCUCCUCCAAUGAGCUUCAGGACGGCUACAACCUGCUGCUGGGCCAGCUCAAGGCAGCCAAUGAGGAGCUGGAUGUGCGUAAGGAGGAGGUCCUCAUCCUCAGGACUCAGAUUGUCACUGCAGCCCAGCAGAAAGAGAAGGAGACAACCAAUCACAUCGAAACCAAUAACUUGCCUGAAUGGACCAACAGCAAGAAGCCCAUAGACAAGGAGGAGGCUCUGAGGGCCUACCAUGGACUCUGUGAGUCUAAGAACAAAGCUUCAGACUGGGGUUAUUUGAAUGAAGAUGGCGAGCUGGGCCUGGCAUACCAGGGUUUAAAGCAAGUGGCCAGGCUGUUGGAGGCCCAGCUUCAGUCUCAGGCCAGGAAACACGAGGAUGAGCUGGAGGCGCUCCACACCCAGAUUGAGCUGCUAAAGGACGACAUAGAGAAGAAGCAAGAGAUGCUAAACCACACCAUGUCUCUGUCUCCUGAGGCCCAGGUGGAGUACAGCAUCCAGCAGGAGAUCACCCGCCUCACCAAUGACAACCUGGACUUAAAAGAGCUUGUGGAGAAACUGGAGAAGAAUGAGAGGAAGCUGAAGAAGCAGCUGAGGAUCUACAUGAAGAAAGUACAGGAGCUGGAAGUGUCUGUGACUGCAGCAGCAUCCCAGUCCACCACGGCCAAACCAGAGCUGACCCGUCAGGUGACUGUCCAGCGCAGAGAGAAGGACUUUGAGGGCAUGCUGGAGUACUACAAGGAGGACGAGACCCUGCUGGUCAAAACGCUCAUCACUGACAUGAAGCCCCAGGCUGUAUCAGCCACAGUACCCUGUCUACCUGCCUACAUCCUCUUCAUGUGCAUCCGCCAUGCGGACUACAUCAACGAUGACCAGAAGGUCCACUCUCUGCUCACCUCCACCAUCAACGCCAUUAAGAAGGUCCUCAAGAAAAACAAUGAUGACUUUGAGAUGACCUCCUUCUGGCUGGCCAACACGAGUCGUCUGCUGCACUGUCUCAAGCAGUACAGUGGAGAUGAGUCGUUUAUGACUCAGAACACGGCCAAACAGAAUGAGCACUGCUUGAAGAACUUUGACCUGGCAGAGUACCGCCAGGUGCUGAGUGACCUCUCCAUUCAGAUCUACCAGCAGCUCAUCAAGGUGGCAGAGCACGUCAUGCAGCCCAUGAUCGUGUCGGCCAUGUUGGAGAGUGAGUCUAUCCCCAGCCUCGCGGGAGUGAAGCCCAUGGGUUACAGGAACCGCUCCUCCAGCAUGGACAAGGACGAGGAGGGUCCAGGGAGCUACACCCUGGAGGCCCUGAUCAGACAGCUGGGCCAGUUCCAUGGGGUGAUGGGCGAGCACGGGCUAGACCCAGAGAUAGCAGGCCAGGUGGUCCGGCAGCUCUUCUACAGCAUCAACGCUGUCACCCUCAACAACCUGUUGCUCAGGAAAGACGUCUGCUCCUGGAGCACUGGCAUGCAGCUCAGGUACAACAUCAGUCAGAUGGAGGAGUGGCUUCGGGGGAAGAACCUGCACCAGAGCGGGGCGGUGGUUAACUUGGAGCCCGUCAUCCAGGCCGCCCAACUGCUUCAGGUCAAGAAGAAGACGUCCCAGGACGCCGAGGCCAUCUGCUCACUGUGUACCGCUCUCACUAUGCAACAGAUUGUGAAAAUCCUCAACCUCUACACACCGCUCAACGAGUUUGAGGAAAGAGUCACUGUGUCCUUCAUCAGAAACAUCCAGAAUCGUCUGCAGGAGAGGAACGAUGUCCCAAUGCUCCUGGUGGACACCAAGCACACCUUCCCUGUCCUGUUCCCCUAUACCCCCUCCGCCCUCAGCCUGGAGACCCUGCACAUCCCUGCCAACCUCAGCCUAGACUUCCUCACUCGAGUCUGAGGCUUCAGCGAGGCCUACCACAGGCCUGGUUCUUAGCAAGGAGAAGCAGAGCCCAACAGAGCUCACUCUAACCUGGGUAGCUUUGUUGUUCUGCUAAACAGCAGAGGGCGCCAAGUCUACAGGACUCAAUGGAAGGCAGAGAACCUUCCAGCUGACCAACAAUGGAUGCUGUCAAGCCUCUGUCUGUGUAAAUCCAGCAGAAUGUGUCAAGUCAUUCUUUAUAGCUGUCCACAACUGCUUCCUCUAUUUGGCUUAUUCUACAGUGGGCUAUUGAGCUCUAUUGAGAUGCUGUGCUUAAUCAGUUCUGUCCCAUACAGUCACAUUUAUUUUUAUUCACUGUAAGGAGUCUCUAUGGUAAGCCCACUGUAAAUUAAUUCCUCUUACAGAUUAAUUGAAUCUGUGUAAAUGUGUGCUCUCACUUCCAUUGACAAGGCAUUGAUUCCCAGUUAGCCACUCCGCCAAGCAUUCAAUGUGUCCUGUUUUUUUAUUUUACAGUAGGCAGUGGUCUACCGUGUCUGGCUUCCUCAUGAUGAGUUAAUUGUACAUGUGCUUCAGCCUCACUCUUCUCUAGACCCUGUCAAUGGACAGCAGAUCAGACUCGGGAGCAGCACUGCAUUGCAGUGGCUCUGUUUGUGACUCACACUCUACACACAGCACUGUGGCUCUGCUGCUCUCUAUCCUUCCUAUGCCUUGAGGAAUCCUCAGUCUUCAGAGCACUUCUCUCACUGAGGCUCAAGUUUGACCUGGUAUCUUAUAUAAGAGCUGUAUCUCUUCUGUGUUCAGAUCAGAGCACACAGUCACACCAUAUCCUAUUACACUGCAUGGUCCAGGAAGUCCGAAGCUCUCAACAAAUCUCUCAACAGAGAGAUGUGUUGUUGUUUUUACUCUGAAUUCAAUUCAAAUGACCGCCAUCUCAUUGAAACAGUAUAAUCUCAGAAUCAGGAGAAGUGAAGCCGAGCUUUAUGUAACUGAGGCGUUAGUAAGUGGGAUAGAUCCAUGUGUUAGUGAAGACUAGGGUUGAGUAGAGGGCGAGAGAGAGCACUGGGAAUGGGACUGGAGAGUGUCCUGUGCAGAGUAAGGUAAUAGCCAUUCCAGCAGGACAGUCUUAGCCUGGUUUAAAAUCUGUUUGUGCUGUCUUGCCAACUCCUGCAUGGCAUGACAAUGACUGGCAGGAGUUGGCAAGACCGCACAAAC